CUUAGGGCUCCCCCUGUCACUGCCUGUCUCCAGUGCCCCCUGCACCGCCCCCGCAGCUUCCAGACUGCCAGCUCCCCAGGGAGCCCAGGGGCAUGAACGGCUACGGCUCCCCAUACCUGUACAUGGGCGGCCCCGUAUCGCAGCCGCCGCGGGCGCCCCUGCAGCGCACGCCCAAGUGCGCCCGCUGCCGCAACCACGGCGUGCUCUCCUGGCUCAAGGGCCACAAGCGCUACUGCCGCUUCAAGGACUGCACCUGCGAGAAGUGCAUCCUCAUCAUCGAGAGGCAGCGGGUCAUGGCCGCGCAGGUGGCGCUCCGCCGGCAGCAGGCCAACGAGAGCCUGGAGAGCCUCAUCCCGGACUCGCUUCGGGCCCUCCCCGGUCCCCCGCCCCCACCGCCCGGCGACAGCGGCUCGGCCCCCCAGCAGCAGCCGCUGCCGCCGCCUCAACAACAGCCUCAGCCUCCGCAGCAGCCGCCGCCGCCGCCGCCCCGUCCAGCGGAGCUGGCCGCAGCCGCUGCCGCCCUGCGCUGGGCCUCCGAGCCGCAGCCCGGGUCGGGACUGCAGGGGCAGCCCUCCAAGGCAGAUAUGACUGAAGAGCGCCUAGGAGACAGCAGUGCAGCCGACAGUACCGAGGUCUACAGUGACAAAGACGCAGACCAGAGGAGCUCCCCAGAUGUGACAAAAAGUAAAAAUUGCUUCACCCCAGAGAGCCCAGAAAUCGUGUCAGUGGAUGAAGGUGGCUAUGCCAUUCAGAAAAAUGGCAGCACCACUGAGAGCCGGCCUGAUAGUCCCAAGUACCAUUCUGAGCAAAAUCACCUCCUGAUUGAAGGUCCAUCGGGAACUGUUUCUCUGCCGUUUAGCCUGAAAGCCAACAGGCCGCCCUUGGAAGUGUUAAAAAAAAUAUUCCCCAACCAGAAGCCAACGGUGCUUGAGCUGAUUCUGAAGGGCUGCGGGGGCGACCUAGUGAGUGCGGUCGAGGUCCUCUUAUCCAGCAGGUCAUCAGUCACUGGAGGGGACCGAACUUCUGCUGAAUCGGAAAGUCUUGUUUUGCCUUCCAACGGGCACAUUUUUGAGCACACGUUGAGUUCCUACCCCAUCUCCUCUUCCAAGUGGUCUGUGGGGUCUGCCUUUAGAGUUCCUGACACACUGAGGUUUUCCACCGAUUCUAGCAAUGUAGUGCCCAAUCCUUUGGCGGUCCCCUUGCAGCACCCCUUUCCCCAGCCGCCCCGGUACCCCUUGAUGCUGAGGAAUACUUUGGCAAGAAAUCAGUCCAGCCCCUUUUUGCCCAAUGAUGUCACCUUGUGGAAUACCAUGACUCUGCAGCAACAAUACCAGCUGAGGUCCCAGUACGUCAGUCCUUUCUCCAGUAACUCUACCAGUGUCUUCCGGAGUUCGCCUGUCCUCCCCACUCGCACGCCUGAAGAUCCUCGGAUCUCAGUCCCCGAUGAUGGAUGUCCGAUUGUGUCAAAGCAGCCUAUUUACACAGAGGAUGACUAUGAUGAAAGGUCUGAUUCCUCAGACUCUAGAAUACUCAAUACGUCCUCCUAAAGUGGUGCCUGACAGGUGAUUAACUAAAUGGUAUUUACAGUGCGUUUGAACUCUUGGGCGCCAGGAAGAGGGAAGCAUACUGUCCAACGCUCCUUUAAUUAUGUGACUUUGCUUGAUACUAUACCUUAGCAAUAAAAACAUAAUUUAUUUAAUUUCUUGCACUUCACUGGAAAAUGCCAAAAAGCUAUGUUCUGUGGCUUUAGUGCUAUAUGUUGAUUGUAAAGGAGAUUCUAAUGCUAAGUAAGAAUAGGCAUGGGAAAGCUGGGACUGUGGAAGAUUUAGAGUGGGAUGGAAAAGUCCCUUUCCCCUUAACUCAGACAACCUGGAAUGUUAAAUUAAAUAAUAUACUUGAAUGCAAUUUUGUAAGAGAGGAUUCCUCAGGACAUAAGGCACGGAAAGAAAGUGGUUCAGUCACAAAUGGACUUAACAGGAACAUUAUAUUCUUAUGCUAAAAAUCAUUCUUGCUUUUAAAAGAGAGACUGCACUUGAGAAUAGAGUUAACUGCUUAUGUGCUAAUUUAAGCUUUGGACACUUUUUAGAGACAAACACUAUUAAGAAUUAUUCUUUUCACAUGGCUAGAUCAAAACAUGUGUAAUGUCGAUGUAAAACCAAUUAAAGCUGUGGAUUGCAUGAACUGUAUUGUGAAAUGAACACAAGAUUAAGCAUUGUCAGGUUAAUGUAGCAUGCUAAGGACUCUAGAAAAAAUAAACUAAGGAGAUGA